UUUAUUAUUUAUUAAUUAUAUAAAUAAAUUGCAUAUAUGUAGCUCAUAUCAGUUCCAAAUAGAACAUUGCAAACUGAUUUGGAGUUGGUGCCCAACAGCCAACCGUAGUAUCAUGCUAACUGAGUAACUGAAAAUUUCAAGAAGCACGUGUCGGAUAUCCAAACCCAGCAAAGUACUUCCUUUUGGCGCCAUUGUGUCCGGUACUUGUUUGUUUGAGCUCAAAUCUGCAGGUUCCGUACUCACAAGAUCUCUCUCCACACCCACACACGCAGUAGAACAAUGGUAUGGGGCGCAGGAUCCAUCGAUGAAGCUGGAACUUCUGGAUAUGAUACAACCAGUCUUUUCUGGGAGGCAGCUUCAGAGGGAAAUCUGGAACUACUCAAGCAGUGUGCGGCGGAGCUUCACACUGGCGGACGUUUGGUGGAGACAUUUGCGAGGGUGAGGGAUGAUAGAGGGAGAACGGCGCUUCACGUUGCCGCUGCUGCAGGGAAGAGAGAUAUAUGCGUUUAUUUGAUUGAAGAAAUCGAUGUUGGUGUCGACUUUAUAGAUGAUAAAUGUCGCUCUCCUUUGCAUUAUGCAGUGCUGCACAAUCGUUUCGGUACUGCUGUAUAUCUUCUGUCAGUUGGUGCAUGUAGUUCACUAUGUGAUUACAGGGCAUAUACUCCCUUGCAUUAUGCUGCUGAAAUAGGACAUGUUCCAAUGCUGAGAUUGUUAAUUGCUGUUGGUGCUGGCAUAGACUUAGUGUCUGAUUAUGGUACUCCUUUACAGAGGGCCAUAGCUUAUAGAAGGAAAGAUGCCGUUGAAGUUCUGUUGGAUUAUGAAGCAGAUCCAGAUUUUGCUGCAUGUGAGUUUUUCACUCCACUUCUUUGUUCAAUCUUUGCCAAUUCAUUCGACUGUUUGGAAGUCUUGCUAAAGGCUGGAGCGGACCCUAAUAUUAGUGGAGGUGGCAUGAACUGCAUGACACCUCUAGGUCAAGCAGCAGCUAAUGGGGCGACCAGACUUGUUGAUUGCUUGUUGAGCUUUGGUGCUGACCCCGAUGCAGUUGACAAUUCUGGCCUUACACCGUUGGAAUGGGCUGUAUUGAAUCGCCAUGAUGAGGCUCUGAGAAUUCUGUUUCCAGUGACUGCUCAGAUUUCUUAUUACCCUGAGUGGAGCAUCAGUGGAAUUAUGAAUCACAUUCACCCUGAAGAAGCUACCACACAUGGAAGCUUCAGAGCUGGUUAGCCUGGCUUCCACUGCUGAGGAUAGAGAUCGGCCUCUUCCAAACUCUUCCAUGGAUCCAAUGGAGUCCUAAGGCUGAAACUGCAGUGAUACUUUCGAACCAUUUUCAUAGUCUAAUCCUGUUUUGAACUAUUAAAUGGGAAUUACCAACCGAGUCUAGUAGUAAUUGUUCCAAAUAUCAAGCCGUCUUCUAUGCAUACAGGGUAUGUUUUGAAGCGCCAUCAACUUUGUUGAACAAUGUGCUUAUGUUUCACUGCAUCGUAUACAUGCAGAGUAGUGUUUCUCACAAGGUAUAUGGUCUGAUCGCAAUUUCCCACCACCUUAGAUCAUGUCUUGCUGCCUAUAUUGCUCAAUGAAUCGUUGUUGUCCACUAUGUUUUCUAGUAUAUAAGUUGUUGCGAUUUACAAAAUCCAAAUGU